GGUUUUAGUGCUGCUUGACACUAUUCACAGCUACCAGCUAAAGCUGAAGGGCUCAAAGGCAGAGCCAUGGUAGUGAAAAAGAAGACUUCCAAAGUGGAGGCUGUGGCGCUGGAUGAGGAGAAACUGCACAAGCUGUUAGCAUCCCUCUCGGUUGAUGGAGGAGAAGAUGGAGUCAGGCAGGUUGCCCAAACCCUGCAGUCCUGUUUGGAGCUGACAGAGCCGGUGCAGCAGAUCCAGCUGGUUAAAAAGGCAGGGUCCCAGCUGGAGGCACUGAGUGAUGAGCAAAUGGGCGGAGUUCUUUUAGAUGCUUGUCUACACACGCUAGCUGUGGUCUACACCUCCCUGCAGUCCAAGAACCCCCUCCGAAGAGCCAUUGCAAGUGCCUUGGGUUCAGUACCAGCUUGGCUUCAGGAGCAGACUGUGAGCUGCUUGGCUGGUUGCUUGUCUGAUUGUCUUUCCAGCACGUAUUCAGACCGGUAUCCCCACAUCGUCGACUCCAUCACUGCCUGUCUGGAUGGCUUCCCUCUCGGUGAGAGCUGCAUUAACAAACUAUUACCGGAAGUUUUGCAGUUCCUUCACAAGGCGCUGAGUGAAUACCUUCAUCAAAACAGUGGUCUUGUAGGACGCCACAUUGCCCAGGCUCAGCUGAUGCAGUCCUGUCUAGCUGCAGUGAAGACCUCCAUGCUGGUCGUCCAGAGGUCUCAGGACACGAUCAGCGUGGUUUUACAGGCCCAACAGGACUGCUGCAGGCUGCAGGACACACUGGGUGACCUCUUGGGCUGCUACAUACACAUCCUCACUGAUGGUAAGAAAGUGUGCAGUUUGCUGCGUAGCUCUGUGCAGGAUUUGGAUUCGGCUCCUCAGUGGCUCAAGCAGAGGUGUGAGGGUCUGUGCAGCGGCGGACGCCCACCGGGUGUCUCUCUGUAUCUGUGUCACGGUGCCCUUGCUAUGCUGAGCUGGAAGGCUGCCCUACCAGGACCACAGUGGGAACAGCUGCUGCUGCUGGUCCCAAACACACUGCUGGAUCUAGAUGUUAGUAUAAAGGAGUCGAGUACAGCCAUGGUGGUGGCUCGGGUCCUGACUCUGUGGAGUGGGGCUGCCCUGGAUUGCCUGCAGGGGCAGACACAGUUGUGUCCUCCCAGCCUCCAGCAGUCCCUGAGUGGAGGCUCUGAGCUACAGCGACACCUGCUGGAGCACAUCUACUCCCACUGGGAGCAUCCGCUGGAUGGUGUCCGCCACCAAACCCGGUCCUUGUUCCGCAACCACCUCCUCAUCCAUCAGCACACCAGCCCGUCCGUCUCUGACCCCAUCGAGGAUCCAUACAUCACCGACCUGACUCAUAAUCUACUAGGGCUUGAGUGGCAUAUGAGGGGUAAGUUUGGCUCCUUAGGCUGCCUGGUGGAGCUCUAUGGGGCAGGGUAUCUGCUUAACAUCCAGCCCCAAUUGCCUUCAUGUCUCCUGGGUUUGAUGGGUGACCAGACCUUAGCUCCGUAUGCCAGCGACCUACUGGAAAGGCUGUUUGUCAGCCACAAGGCACAGCUGACGAGAGAGGCUGGUGCAGCAGCGGGAGAGGCGGAGGCUUGGAUGGAGUGCUGGCACCAGACGUGGGUAACUCCUCUGCUGCAUGUGUUGUGCCAAUCCAGGCUGGACCAAACAACGUACAUCCUGGACUACUUCCUCCCCAAGCUGCUACGCUGUAGCCCCUCCAGUCUGGCACACAUGGUGCAGGCCCUGCAGGACAUGGCACCCACAGGUUCUGCUGGCAGCAGAGGAGCUCUAGGCGCUCUGAUGACGUGCCUACGGGCAGCCAGGGCCCAGGGAGUCAUACCGUCCACAGAGGGUGGUCUGUGGGGAGGACUAGUGCCGCUGUCCCUGCUCCAACAAGCUCUGAUACACAAACAUGAUCAGGUGAGGAUGGAUGCUUUGGGCUUGGUGUGUGAGAGCCACCGCAGCACAGAGGUUCUGACCUCACAGGAAAUGGACCUGAUCCGCCACUUCCUCCUGCCCAACCUCAACAGCCAGUCACCAGGCAUCAGACAGCAAACAGUCAGCCUGCUAAAGAAGCUGCUCUGCAGGGUGAAGGACAGCACUCAGCUGCUGCAGAAGAGACUGAGCCAGAAGAGAGACCAGGAGGAGGGAGACACAGACCAACACACUCUACGUCAGUACAAGGCGUUCCUGUGCUGGCUGUGUGAAAGGCUGCUGGAAGUUUUGCUCCCUGGAGCCUCUUUUUCUAAAUGCCUCAUGUCUCUGCAUCUGCUGGGUCUGCUGGGUCAGCUCUUUAGCUUCAGCACUGAGCCUGAUGUUUUCGCCCUCGGUGAAGUUGUGACCUCUACAUAUGCUCAGAACGUCCUCUUCUGUGUCGCCAGCAAUUUCCUGGAAGUCAAACAGCUCGCCUCGUCGUUAAUACAGCAGCUCCCACCAUCAGCUGUUGGACUUGAGGUGCCCGAGAGGAUGCGCUCCAUUCUUCAGGCUGCUUUGGACCUUAGUACAAGCACCAAACCUUUUGACAGCGUUACAGCUGCCCACCUCCUCAACCUGCUGCUCCCCCAGCAACACCUGAGCCAGUCUUUGCUGCACUGCGCCCAGCAGCAAGGCCUCGAUUACCAGCCUCUUUCCAUACCAGCCCAGGCUUCUGAUAUGCUCAUUUUGGAGCUCAACACUCUGGCAGUGGUUCAGUUCUUGCUGCGCUGCCUGCAGUCUGAGGUGUCGAGGGCAGAGGCAUCUCUGUUGCAGGCAGCUGCUUCCUUUCCUCUCUAUGGCAGAGCUCACUGCAUCACUGCUGUCCUGCAGCAUCUAAACACAGAGAGUUUGAGUCAGACUGAGCAGUGGAGAUUCCUGGUGUCAGAGCUGGUUGCUGUGUGCUACAGGAUGUCUGACGUGGUCUCCCCUGUAGUCCAGAGCUCCUCUCCAGAAGGACUCAUCCCCAUGGAUAAUGACUCAGAGACCUCAGCAGGGCUGCAGAAGAUCCUGCAGGAGAUUCAGCCCAGGGACACCAACGACUUCUUCACCAGCGCCAGAGAGCUGGAGACACAGCAGGGGGACGAUCACACACAGACCCCAUCACUUGACACAGGUGGUGAGGGCUAUAGGGUGACGGCUCAGAUGGUGCUGGUGUGCUGCUGGCGGACAAUGAAGGAAGUGGCCAUGCUGCUCGGACAGCUGUGUCAGAGCCUGCCUCUGCACUACACCAAUGACAACGUGUGCACGCACACCGGGCUCAUCACAGAGCAACAGGUGGAGGGGGUAGGCCUGUACUUCCGUCAGCAGCUCCUGCAGUCCCGUCAUCGUGGCGCCUUCGAACUGGCUUAUGUGGGCUUUGUACGCCUCACAGACAUGUUGUGCAGGAGUGGAAGUGAGGCCCUGCAGCAGCUUCCUGCUCGCUGGCUUUCUGAGGUUCUGGAAGAGGUCAAAUCCAGCGACCCAUCAUCUAAGCUGUGCGCCACGCGACGAAGCGCUGGAAUACCUUUCUACAUCCAGGCUCUGCUCUCCUCUGAGCCCAAGUCGUCCAGCUGCAGCCUGUUGAAGAUGACCAUGAGAGAGCUGAUCGCUUUGGCCAUGCCUUCUGCUGACAAGACCACUGACACCUCCACCGUGCCUCAGGUCCAUGCUCUGAACAUCCUCAGAGCUCUGUACAGGGACACUCGUCUGGGGGAAAACAUUGUUCCUUUCGUCUCAGAAGGGAUGCAGGCUGCAGUGCUGGGCUUCACCUCUCCUGUCUGGGCAGUGAGGAACUCCUCUACUCUUCUUUUCAGCACUCUGAUCACAAGGAUUUUUGGCGUGAAGAAAGGGAAGGACGAACACUCGAAAAAGAACAGGAUGACGGGUCGAGAGUUUUUCACCCGCUUUCCGGCUCUAUACCCGUUCCUUCUGAACCAGCUGGAGGAAGCUGCAGCCACAGUGGAAAGUGACAGCGGUCAGGUGAAGCUGCACCCCAGUCUCUUCUUGCUGCUGCUGGUUCUCAGUCGGCUCUACCCUUCUCCCAUGGAUGGAUCCUCUUCUCCUUUGGGGCUCGCACCUUUCAUGCCCUUCAUCAUGAGGUAG